GAUAAAAAAUGAUGAUAUAUUGAUUCAGGCAGAGGGUGUAGAGUCUCUUUCAGAUGAUGAACUUAGGCAAGCUUGUAGGGAUCGUGGCCACCUGGGCUUGCUUUCGAUAGAUGAGAUGCGCCAACAGCUUCAUGACUGGUUGGAUUUGUCACUCAACCACUCAGUGCCAUCUUCUCUCCUGAUACUUUCUAGAGCCUUCACUGUUUCUGGAAAGAUGAGGCCUGAGGAGGCUGUUGUAGCUACACUAUCAUCUCUACCUGAUGAGGUUGUGGAUACUGUUGGUACUGGUUUGCCAUCUGAAGAUGCUGUUUCAGAAAGGAGGAGGAAAUUGGAUUACCUUCAAAUGCAAGAAGACUGAUCAAGGAGGAAGAAAGGGAACAAGAGAGGGAGGAGAAAGCUAAGAUGGAACCUAGGUUUGGCGAGGAGGAUGUGGCUCUGAAGGAGUUAACAGUUCCUUCCACAAGGGAAGCAGAGGAGCUGGCAAGAAUGAAAGCACUAGAUAAAAGAGAAGAUUUCUGUAAAAUCAGCCGAGCAUUAGCUGUUCUAGCUUCAGCAUCAUCAGUCAGCAGGGAGCGUCAAGAGUUCUUGAGUCUUGUUAACAAAGAGAUAGAAAUGUACAAUACCAUGCUGGAGAAGGCAGGUGCUGAACAGGAAGAAGAAGCUAAGAAAGCAUACAUAGCAGCUAGGGAGAAGGCUGACCAAGAUUCUGAAGCAGCUGCAGAAGACAUGAUUUCAUCAGCACUCAUAAACAAGGUUGAUGCCAUGCUCCAAAAGCUUGAAAAGGAGAUCGAUAAUGUAGAUGCCAUAAUUGGUAACCACUGGCAGUUACUGGACAG